UGUUAUUAAUAAUAUUGCUACAAUCUCUGGUUGAUGGUUCUAUAUUCUAUGGAAACCAAACGAAAUGGAAAAUGUGGUUCCAUUUUUCUGAUAUAUUUAAACAACUUCAAUAAAAUAGUUACAAAAAUACAAAAUUGAUUAAUCCUGAGGUCCGGAAACGAAUGUGAUAUUGCAAUUUUUAGUAGAACUAUCACACAUCAAUCAUGUCCGCGAAGCGGACAGCUACAACUGAAUUAAAUCACGACAACUGGGACCAAGAAGAUGAUGAACCGGAGGAAAGCGAAGGUUUUAGAAUUGCAUCAAAAGAAGUACUUGAUAAACGUGUUAUUAGGACCGCUAAACGACGAUCCAACGUCACGACCGCCGAGGGACAGAAAAGUGUAUUCAGUGGCUUUGGAGGGUUCAAUAAAACACAAAAGACUUCCUUUGACUUUUUGGCAAAUUUAACUAAUGGUAAAUCAAGUGAUGGUAGUAAUCAAGAGGGAUCAUCUCUUUUUUCAUCAAAGACAUUCUCAAAUCAAAGUACAGCACUAUUUACACCAUCAGAUAUAUUUAAUAAAACAACAAAUACAGAUGUCAAUAAUAAAGAGGGAUCAUCAACUCUUUUUACAUCAAAGACAUUUACUCCUCAAAGUAAAGGGUUAUUUACGCCGUCAGAUGUCUCUAAGCCAGCACCAUCUAAAUUUGAAAAUCCAAGUCUACAAACAACUUCUAGUUCAACCAAAUCUACAGCUGUAGAAAAUCAAACAAAUGUUAAAAAUAGUGAAAGUCCAUUCAAAAAUACUACUUCAACGCCAAUCAACACUAAUAACUUUACAUAUAAACCACAUUCUGGAAAUUCUGAUAACCCUGUAUCACAAACAACAAACAAUAUAUUUAGCGGCCAAGCUGAAAAUAUUAUUUCUAACAAAUCUGUUAAGCUGCCAUCAUCUUCGAAUACAUGUUCAGCAUCUCCAAGUCAUAAGUGUCAUUUUAUUAUAGAUACUAAUAAAAGUCAAAAGAAUGAUACUGACGAUGAUUAUAUCAUUAUAAAGUGUGAUCCAACUGAUGAAAAAACAUUAAACUAUUAUAAAAACCUAGCAGGCUUAAAUAUAUCUUUCUCUAAAUGGAUAAAAAAAAAUGUUGAUGAAUUACCACUCUGUAUUCUUUCUCCAACUUUUAAAGACUAUGAAAACCAUCUCAAAAAUAUUCGAGCUGAAUAUUUUAACAGAGAUGGAGCCCAAGGUGAUUUUGCACAGAAUGUGAAAAGUCCUAAAAUGCCAUCUGUUGCACAAGCAAAUAAUGUUGUUUCCCAUACAGCUGUUAUUUCUAAUAAGUCUACAAGUUCAACAACAGAAGAGAAGAAAUCCUCAAAUAUGGUAUUUGGAACACCUGCAUCUAAUAAUACCCAGGCAAAAGACAUGGGUUCACUUUUUGGUAAAAUGGCAAAAGAGCAGAGUUUCACAACUUCUAAUACUGCUGCACAAGCAAAUAAUAUUCUUUCUCAAACUGGUGCAACUUCUCACAAAUCUAUGAGUUCAACACCAGAAGAGAAGAAAUCUUCUAAUAUAGUAUUUGGAACACCUUCACCUAAUUGUUCCCAACCAAAAGACAUGGGUUCUCUUUUUGGUAAUGUGCCAAAAGUGCAGAGCUUCACAACUUUUUCAAGUUCUGCUGCACAUACAAAUAGUAUACUUUCUCAUACUCAUGCUACUACUCCUGUGUCUACAAUUUCAAAACCAGAUGAGAAGAAAUCCUCAAGUAUGAUUUUCGGAACACCUACAACCAAUAAUACACAAGAAAAAAACAUAGGUUCGCUUUUCGGUAACAUGCAAAAAAUGCAGAGCUUCACAACAUCUUCAAGUACUGCUGGACAAUCAAAUAAUAUACUUUCUCAUACUCAUGCUACUACUCCUGUGUCUACAAUUUCAAAACCAGAUGAGAAGAAAUCCUCAAGUAUGAUUUUCGGAACACCUACAACCAAUAAUACACAAGAAAAAAACAUAGGUUCGCUUUUCGGUAACAUGCAAAAAAUGCAGAGCUUCACAACAUCUUCAAGUACUGCUGCACAAUCAAAUAAUAUACUUUCUCAGACCUCUGUUACUUCUAAUGAGUCUACACAUCCAAUUCCAGAAGAGAAGAAAUCCACAAAUAUGAUAUUUGGAACACCGACAUCUAAUAAUACCCAAGCAAAAGAUAUGGGUUCACUUUUUAGUAAUAUGCCACAAGUGCAGAGUACCACAACAUCUUCAAGUACUACUCAAAGUCCAACACUUGGAUUUUCUUUUGGAAGUUCUUCAGUAGCUAAUUCAACACCAACUACAAGUAGUGGCGGAUUUACAUUUGGCAUUAAUAAUUCACCUCAAACCUCAUUAUUUGCAACAAAACCAAUUGUUUCUAAUAUUAAUGGCAAUUCACAAUUCUCAUUUGGUGCUGGUAAACCUUUUAGCUUUAAUUCAAAUAUACAAAGAAAAGAUGAGAGUAAUGAGGAAACUAAGGAAGAUGAAGAUGAACCUCCUAAAGUUGAAUACACACCAAUGGUAGAAGAAAACAGUGUUUUUGAAAGAAAGUGCAAGAUAUUUGUUAAAAAAGAUGGUAACUUUGUUGACAAAGGUGUAGGUACGUUGUAUAUAAAAAAAAUUGAAGAUAGCAGAAAGCAUCAACUAUUAGUGAGAGCAAAUACAUCUUUAGGAACCAUUUUGCUCAAUUUGGUUCUUGCCACUUCUGUACCUACUCAACGUAUGGGCAAGAAUAAUGUAAUGCUAGUUUGCAUUCCCACACCUGAUGCAAAACCACCUCCAACCCCUGUUCUUAUUAGGGUAAAGACAUCAGAGGAAGCAGAUGAGUUGUUAGAGAAAUUAAAUAACUAUAAACAGUAGAAUGAUCAGAUAAGUUCAUUACGUGAAAUCCAAAAUGGAAAUAAAAAAAGUGGUGAUUUAUUUAGUUGUAAUAAAUUAAUGAAUAUGAUAAAUUAAUGAUUAUGAUAAAUUACAAGCAUGGUAAUAUAAUUUUAUAACAAUAGCCUGUAACAAAAAAGGCUACAUUGUAAUGGGUGUGUAUCCAUUAUUCUGGAAAUCUGGCUACCCAGAAAUUCCAUUUUCACCUUAUGAAUUUAAAUUAAGGGAAACUAUUGUGUCAAGACUGCUUGUUCUUUCGUUACUGAACAAGUGUUUUAUGACAUGAAGACACUAUGAUUAUAUUAUAUAAUUUGGUUUCUUUUUUUGUAAUUAAAUACAAUAUUCCAAA